AAAACAAUUUGAAUUACCUAAAACCAUUUUCAGAUCUCUGGAUUUCAGUUGCUUCUUCUCUUUAUUUUGUUAUAAGAGUAAAGAAAGCAAAUAAUGGAAUGGAAACAAAUAGUGAAAGUAAUUACAACAUCAAAAAUGAUAUCAAAGAUGAUGAUAUUGAAGAUGAUAACAACGAAGACAAUGACUCCAAAGGUAGUAAUAUCUUAAUAAAAAACUUGUUAAGUCUUAAAUUAUAUUGGACACCUAAAAAAUGUAAUUCUUAUACUAGUAAUUCUCGAGCUACUAAAUAUUGA